AUGGCAACGGCCUUACUUGGAAAGCCUGAUCAACAAGGCGGCAAAAGCAAAGAACAUUUUAUGCAAACCUCUGGACGGAAAGGUCCUGCUCACUGGAAUGAUACGACUAUACGCAGCAGUACACAGGCUGUUGAGGGACAGCCUCUUUGCCGGAGUGUGUUCAAGGAAAGGGGGAGAUUGCGCCCGACAGCAGACAUCGAAAGAGAAGUGGCGAUUCUGAUGACGAGUGUUAAAUUAAGUGCAACAAAGCACCUCAAUAAGGACGUUAAUGCAGAGGAACUUCUUUGUGAACAGAGUGCAGGAUUGCCAGAGUUAUACAGAGAAGGGGACGUACAUAAGUGCGAGAUAUGCAAGAAAUCAUUCUCUCGUACAUAUAAUCUGUCGGAAUAUGCAGUUGGAAGCAGCACAGAAACAAUGUCGCGUUGUGAAAUGUGUGCCACAUCCUUAACUCCUAAGUGUAGUGCAGUACAACGAUUCAGUGGUCGUGUAUGGUCCUUUGCAUGCAAUGAAUGCAAGAGAGGUUUCACUGGUCGUGUUAAUCUAGAGAAUCAUAUCAGGAGUGUUAAAUUAAGUGCAACAACGCACCUCAUUGAGGAUGUUAAUGCAGAGGAACGUCUUUGUGAACAGAGUGCAGGAUUGCCAGAUUUAUACGGAGAAGGGGACGUUCAUACGUGCGAGAUAUGCAAGAAAUCAUUCUCUCGUAGAAAUAAUCUGUCGGAAUAUGUAGUUGGAAGCAGCAGAGAAGCAAUGACUUGUUGUGAAAUGUGUGUUACACAGUUAACUCCUAAGCGUAGUGAAGCACAACGAUUCAGUGGUCGUAUAUCGCCCUUUGCAUGCAAUGUAUGCAAGAGAAGUUGCACUGGUCGUGCUAAUCUAGAGAAUCAUAUCAGGGUAUCACAGCAACAAGCACAGAAUGCCUAUCAGGGGAUUGGAGAGAACCUAGGAACUUCGAGCAGAGUGCGCACUUCUGUGCGCCAAAGAGCUGAGAGUCGUUUUGAAAUGCAUGGGAUCUACGUGCAGAACCGGCUAGAGCAAGAGAAGAAGAAGAAUAACAAGAGAAGAAUGGCAAGUGAAGAAGAGCGCCUUGCGAGACUGCGAAUGACGUUGCAUUCCUUAGCAACUCGAGUCCCAAAAAUAAUUCUCAUACGAGUUGACUGGACAUUUCCUGCUUUGAAGAAUCAGGCUAGUGUUAAAUUAAAUUCAGCAGACAUUGAAGCAAUACACGUCAAUAAGGAUUUUAAUGUCAAGGAACUUCUUCUUCGUGAAUUGUUAAACACAGAAGAAAACUUCAAUUCUUGCAGGAUAUGUAAGAAGUCAUUGUCUCGUGAGACUAACUUGCUGGGACAUUCAAGUGGAAUGCAAGGGGCCGGUACAAUCUGCUUCUUUUUUGUGGCUGGAGCCACCGGAACAUGCUUUCCUGAGGGCGCUCAUGCUGCUCUGCUGUACUGCCUCGAAGUGCCGCCGCGAAGGAAACACGUGGAGUGA